GGAAUAUUUAUCAUCUCAAAUUUAAAACUAAACCUGUGACUGAAUGAACGGCAUAUUACACAUUACUCAACAUUCUUCUUUGUAUUUUGCAACAAAAUGACUGAAGAUGUAUGUCACUAUACGAAAAGUUUUAUUGCGAAAAGCUUAAAUUUGAUUUUAACGAAUAAGAAGAUUACAGAAUCAAUCCACAGAAACAUGGGACAUUUAAUGAUCUUCUGAAUAAACAAGAAAAUGAUUCAUAUCUACUUCUCAAUGAAUAUAUUGGAAGUUUAACAGAGAAGUUACAAGAAUUACAAAAGUCUAAAAGUCAUUUAUUUAUAUGCGAUUUAAGCAACAUGUUAUGGAUAUAUCUACCCCCAAUAAUAUUCAUACUUGGUAGUUUGGGAAAUAUUUUGUCAUUUGUUAUAUUGCGACAUCCAUCUACUGGUUCAGUGACAACGUUUGUCUAUUUAAUAGCACGUUCAAUUGUUGACGAAAUGGUUUUGAUAAUUGGACUACUACGUAGAUGGAUAGAUAGUUAAGUGGUACGAAAUUGGAGAAUACGUCAAAUUUCAUAUGUAAAUGGUACAUUUCUGGGGCACAUCAUCAAGUUUAUUAUCUGUAUGGUUAACAGUUACUCUGACAGCAGAACGUGCAUUGGUUGUCAGUUUCCCACUACAUGUCACUCGGAUAAUUAGUUAUUCUAGAGUGAGAAAUAUUAUCGUCAUAAUGAGUAUAAUAUGUACAUUGUUAAGUUUACACUUCUUGUUUACGGUAGGGACUAUUUCAGAUUGUUCCCUAGAACAUCCACAAAUAUUAUCCUCCUCAUGGGCUUCAGAAAGUCGACUCAGACACAUCAAUAAAACACAUCCGUUUCAUGUUUUAAACUCACAAAACAGGUGUCUGAAUAACUGUGCAUUUUUACCGAAAUACUUAUCAUUAAAUUGGUAUUGGUCAACUUUUGAUGCAAUUUUGUACUCAUACUUACCAUUCUGUCUAAUAUUUGCAUUUAAUGUUAUCAUACUGCGAUCUGUUUAUCGUGCAAGUAAAGAAAGAAACAUUUUACGUGGGCCUAAAAGUCGGCAGAGUUUCAGUAGGCGUCCGGAUUCAUCACCUACAGGAUCAGUGAUAGCGUCAACCUCAUUUUCAAUGAGGAAAUACGUUAAGACAAAUGAUACUAAUUAUAAUGUCAGGCAACUUACAGUUGUUCUGCUGGUUAUAUCAUUCUCCUUCUUACUGACUACGGUCUCAAUUGUUCUGAUAAAAAUUUUAGCACAACUUUUAGAUUUUCGUGGUAGAAGUAAAAUUAAUUCAAGGAUAUAUUUUCGUUUAGCUGAUACUAUAGCAGAAUUAUUCAUGUACAUAAAUCAUGCAAUGAAUUUUUACCUAUUUUGCGCUACAGGAAGAACAUUCCGCAGACGCUUAGUACUAUUAUUUAGUCAACCUAGACGUGGAAAGUUGAAGAGUAUCGAUAGUUGCUGCUUUACAUGUUCCUGUUCUUAUUGUUUACCAAUGUUAAACCUGCGUCCCUCUGGUAACAGAAAUAUCUACAGCAGAAACAAAUUACAGCAAACUAAAAGUUUAAAUCCUGUCUACAAACCUCACCAAAAUUGUCCUACAUUCUUAUUAAGUCCCCAAAUUCAAACAUGUACGAUACACUUGAGCUAGAUAAAGCCCCAUUUAAUGAGAGGAGUACUAGAUGGGAAAUAUUGUCCUGCAGAUUAUACCAACCAUUAUUAAAUACUCCAAUUAACAUAUCUUUGCAUAGAAAGACACAUGAAUACACUGAUAAUAAAUUACGUUCUUUAACGCUUAUAUCAAAAAGUUCUCUUCCUGUGUUAUGUAACAAUCAACCAUCGGUAAAAUGCAUUUAUUUUCCAAAAAUUAAAAUUUUUCUCAUAAGCACAUCAGUGGCAACUACAAACACCAGCGUAAUCAUCACAGUGAAGGUCAUAUUACAGAAAGAAAUAACAGUUACCCAAAGACACAACUAUAUUUCCAAGCAAACUUAACUGACAUGGUUAGACAUUCGGAGUUCAAAGAAUGCAUUACAAAAACAUCUAAGGAAUCCUUGCAAACUGUGUAAAAGAUUUGUAAAAAUUCUGUUACAUCAUAAAUUAUUUCUACGUAAGUGUUGCGGAUCCAGUGUAAAUUUAAAUAUCAAUCUGUAGGAAUAAAAGUAUCAGUUAACAG